UACUUAAAAGUAUCUUCCCGCAGCAAAGGGAAAGUCAUUUCUGGUAGCAGCGAUUUUACACCGAUAGGAGUAAAGAGAAGGAAACGAUUCGACUUCGAUCACGACAAGUCAGCAUCAAGAAUGUCUCGUCGUCGCUUUACACUCUUCACCGCAAUCUUCCUCUUUGCCUUCUCCGUUCCUUUUCUGGCUGGUGCAGCAAAGGAUCCUCAUGAUCAAAGGCUUAAAUACUUAUCGUCGCCAUUUGAAGCCGCUUUGGAAAUGCUACAGAAGCAAAUCGGCUACAAUUUCAAGAGAAUUGAAGUGCUUCGUCGUGCCAUGACCCAUCCUUCCUUCUCCGAAGAGAACAAUAGGGCAUUAAGCAUUCUGGGCGCCAAUGUCAUUGAAACAUCAGUGUCACUUCACAUCCUACGGAAAGACAUUGAGAUUUCACCAAAAGAUUUGAACCGCCGUAUUUCAGAGAUCUCCAAUGUGGAAUCUUCUUGUGCAAUUGAUGGCCUGCGAUUGGGGAUACAUAAAGUGAUUAGAGUUUCCCCCAGGACUAAUUCUUCAAUUCCUGCAGUUGUUUGUGGUGCUUACAGAGCAAUCUUUGGUGCUAUUGCCAUUGAUACUAACAAAUCUGAUGAUGCUGGAAAUGUGUUCUGGAUUGUUCACGGUGGUGACAUCGGAAGAGCUCUUGCUUUCUAAGUUGACGUUUCUGCUAUCUGCUGUUCGAAGAAGUUAUGCUGUGUAACUUGGGUGCUUUCAUUUAGUGGAAAUGCAGGUAACGCCUUUUAUACAUAUAUAUAUAUAUAUAUAUAUAUAUAUAUAUAUAUAUUUGGAAUAAUGUGACUGAUGAUACUGUUUGGUGAAAAAAUUGGAAGUAAAAUGGGCCUAUUAAAAUGCAA